AAAAAAAAAAAAAAAAAAAAUUGUCACAGGGGGCGGAACGAAAGUCACUAGGGUUGGGGCUAAGGAACUGUGCCGUCAGGUCCUUAAUAAUUUUGGCGGGAACUUACUGUUGUGUUUACUGAGUGGAGGUGACGGCAAACAGACACCAGGAGGCGUGGACAGGUAAACUUCCUGUCGAGAACCUGCUUGGUCCAUGAAAGCAGCCUGCCAAAAGAUGUCACACCAAACUGGGAUUAAUGCAACAUCUGAGCUCAAAGACUUCCUGGCGCAGGCAAGGGCAGGGGCCGUCAGGAUCAUGAAGAUUGUCAUCAAAAACGAGGAGUUGGUGCUAGAGUCGUGCAGACCGCCGGCACAGAGCUGGGACAAGGACUACGACCACUUCCUGUUACCUCUGCUGACGCCACAGGAGCCCUGCUACUUCCUCUACCGCCUGGACUCCCAUAAUGCACUGGGCUACGAGUGGAUCUUCAUUGUGUGGUCACCUGACCAGUCGCCGGUGAGGCAGAAGAUGGUGUACGCGGCCACUCGUGCCACCUUGAAGAAAGAAUUUGGAGGCGGCUACAUCAAAGACGAGGUGUUUGCCACAGUUGAGGACGACGUGUGCUUCCAGGGCUACCUGCGUCACAUGACCUCCUGUUGCUCUCCACCGCCUCUCACAGAGGCGGAACAGGAACUCCAACGAAUUCGAGUCACAGAAGAUAAAGUUGUUUGGGAUGAGCGUAGACGAAUUGGGACUCCUCGUGCAAGAGUUCCAAUGGAGUUCGGCAUCGACAAAAGGGUCUCUCAGGGUCUGGCCUUCCCUCUACAAGAAGAGGCCAAGCGUGCUCUGCAGCAGCUCAAGCACAAGCGGAUCAACUACAUCCAACUGAGGUUGGAUGUGGAGAAAGAAACCAUCGAGCUGGUUCACACGAAACCCACGGAGACGCGUGAGCUCCCCUACAGGAUUCCCACAGACUCACCCAGAUAUCACUUCUUCAUCUUCAAGCAUUCUCAUCAGGGCCGCGCUCAGGAGGCACUCGUGUUCAUCUAUUCCAUGCCUGGCUACACGUGCAGCAUAAAGGAGCGCAUGCUGUACUCCAGCUGUAAGAACAGACUUCUGGAGGAGGUGGAGAGAGAUUAUCAGCUUGAAGUCACCAAGAAGAUGGAGAUCGAUAGUGGCGACAGCCUGACAGAAGACUUCCUGUACGAGGAGGUCCAUCCGAUGGAGCACACCUUGAAGCAGGUGUUCGCCAAGCCCCGAGGACCCGGAGGGAAAAGGGGCAACAAACGCCUCAACAAGGGUGCAGGGGAAAAUGGCGAGGAAAUGUAA